UCGGUCAUUGAAAGUUUCCAGAAAAUGUCGGGUGCAGUGUUAAUAACUUUCUGCGUCUUGGUUGUUUUGACCGGACAAUCGGUUGGCCAAAAUGUGGCCGUGCAACAGUCGAUUGAUUGGGCCAAUGAACAGUUCAAAAUCGCUCAGGUUGUAGCCCAAGGAAAGCUACCCAAUGUUGCUGAGGCCCAGAACGAUGCCAAGGACCAACUGGACACUUUGAAACUGGCUUUAUCCCAUUGCGAGGCUGAGCUCAAAUCCACCCAAAAUGUCGAUCUUCACAAGACUUGUGUCAAGGCCGUGUUUGCUGGCUUUUAUACUGCUUUGGAUCGCUUGGCCGCGGAACACUGGCCCAUCUAUGGAGCCACCUCAGGAGCCUCUCGAAUUGGCUUCUUCUGCUGAUUAAAAGUAACAUACAAAUAAAUCAUCUUACAAAAUUUAA